AUGCGUCCUGCUGGGCCGACACAACCUCAUGGCACGAUUCCGAACACACCAGGCGCAGUAUCCUUUAUUUCAUUCAUUCUGGGUGGCAUCUGCUUCCUUUCUUUCUCGACUUUCCUGUCCAAGUUGGCGGCAUCUGGUCACCUAGAUCAGGGUGUAAUAGACCAGACCGGCUGGUGGUGGGCAACACCACAACUAGGGUUCUUCCUUGCUGCUUGGAGCAUAUUUCAUUGGGGAGAGUUCACCGUCACUGCUGGGUGGAAUAGAGACAAGUGUAGUGUCGACUCUUUUCUCCUUGAUAAUGGUAUUCUUUACCAUAUUGCGCACGCAACCGCGCUUACAGAAUAUAUCUUGAGUCUGUAUUUUCGACCAAUGUGGAAGUCAUUUCCUUAUGUGUCUGUUAUUGGCAUUGUCUUCACAAUUCUCGGUCAAGCACUUCGCUCGGGCGCGAUGAUACACGCAUCUACUAACUUCUCGCACCAACUUGCAUACCAAAAGGCAGAGCAACACCGACUGGUCACGGAUGGGGUUUAUGCAUGGUUCCGACAUCCAUCAUACGCAGGUUUCUUUUAUUGGGCUCUUGGAACGCAACUCCUAUUGCAAAAUCCAAUAUCUUUCAUUCUAUACAGCAUCUUGCUCUGGAGAUUCUUUUACCGCCGAAUCCAAGGUAAGUAUACCAGAUUCUCUGCGGAGCGAAGUCCUGACAUAGGUGCAGUGGAAGAGGCCUCGCUCAUUCGUUUCUUUGGCGACGAUUAUAAGCAGUAUAGGAAGAGGGUUGGGACGAAAAUUCCAUUCGUUCCUUGA